CGGGGAGCCGGCCCCCGCCUCCAAGGCCCCGGUGUGCCAGGAAAUCACGGUGCCCAUGUGCCGGGGCAUCGGCUACAACCUGACGCACAUGCCCAACCAGUUCAACCACGACACGCAGGACGAGGCCGGCCUGGAGGUGCACCAGUUCUGGCCGCUGGUGGAGAUCCACUGCUCGCCCGACCUGCGCUUUUUCCUGUGCUCCAUGUACACGCCCAUCUGCCUGCCGGACUACCACAAGCCGCUGCCGCCCUGCCGCUCGGUGUGUGAGCGCGCCAAGGGGAUUACAAUCGCAGCGAGCCCACCACGGCGCCCCCCAAGCCCUUCCCGGCCAAGCCUACUCUCCCAGGCCCACCGGGGAUGCCGGCCUCCGGGGCAGAGUGCCCUGCCGACGGCCCGUCUGUGUGCAAGUGCCGGGAGCCCUUCGUGCCCAUCCUGAAGGAGUCGCAUCCACUCUACAACAAGGUGCGGACAGGCCAGGUGCCCAACUGCGCGGUGCCCUGCUACCAGCCGUCCUUCAGUCCGGACGAGCGCACGUUCGCCACUUUCUGGAUCGGCCUGUGGUCCGUACUGUGUUUCAUCUCCACCUCCACCACGGUGGCCACCUUCCUCAUCGACAUGGAACGCUUCCGCUACCCCGAGCGCCCCAUCAUCUUCCUGUCAGCGUGCUACCUGUGCGUAUCACUGGGCUUCCUGGUGCGCCUGGUCGUGGGUCACGCCAGCGUCGCCUGCAGCCGUGAGCACAGCCACAUCCACUAUGAGACGACCGGCCCCGCGCUGUGCACCGUCGUCUUCCUGCUGGUCUACUUCUUCGGCAUGGCCAGCUCCAUCUGGUGGGUCAUCCUGUCACUCACCUGGUUCUUGGCUGCUGGCAUGAAGUGGGGCAACGAGGCCAUCGCGGGCUAUGCGCAGUACUUCCACCUGGCCGCAUGGCUCAUCCCCAGCGUCAAGUCCAUCACAGCGCUGGCACUGAGCUCCGUGGAUGGGGACCCGGUGGCCGGCAUCUGCUACGUGGGCAACCAGAACCUGAACUCGCUUCGUGGCUUCGUGCUGGGCCCGCUGGUGCUCUACCUGCUGGUGGGCACGCUGUUCCUCCUGGCCGGCUUCGUGUCCCUCUUCCGUAUCCGAAGCGUCAUCAAGCAGGGUGGCACCAAGACGGACAAGUUGGAGAAGCUCAUGAUCCGCAUCGGCAUUUUCACACUGCUCUACACGGUGCCCGCCAGCAUCGUGGUGGCCUGCUACCUGUACGAGCAGCACUAUCGCGAGAGCUGGGAGGCGGCUCUCACCUGUUCAUGCCCUGGCUCCGAUGCGGGCCAGCCGCGCGCCAAACCCGAGUACUGGGUGCUCAUGCUCAAGUACUUCAUGUGCCUCGUGGUGGGCAUCACGUCGGGAGUCUGGAUCUGGUCCGGCAAGACAGUGGAGUCCUGGAGGCGCUUCACUAGCCGCUGCUGCUGUCGCCGGCGGCGGGGCCACAAAAGCGGCGGCGCUAUGGCCGCGGGGGACUACGCUGAGGCGAGCGCGGCACUCACGGGCAGGACC